UAAUUUAUUUAAGUAGCAGUUAUAAUUUUAAAAGUCUUAUAGAAUUGCUAAGUAGUGAAUAUAAGUGAAUGUUUCAAAUUAGAACUGUAUAAGUGCAUCUAAAUUUAACUAGAAGUUUAUCUGUCGGUGUCUUGCUUUGAUAAGUUCAACGAAACAUUGAUUUUGUUGUGAAUGCAUUAAAGUUCACUGCUCUUAUUAUACAUUUGGUAAAUCACAGCUUAACGCACUGUAUUACAAGAAAAUAAGUAGUAAGCAUGAUAAACAGUUCAACUAUAUGAGUUAGCAACAUAAAUUCAAGUAUGAACAAUUACUUACAAAGAUUAGGACUGACUGCUUGGAGAAAAAAGACUACUAUUCUUGUAGCCUCUGGUUUCUUGUCAUUAAUAAUAUUUGGUUUACAAUUCUCGCAUUUAGAUAAUAACAGUACAAAUCUAAACAAUCUUCUACAAGAUGAAAAAGAUGCAGAGGUAGUAGCUGAGGCUUUAGUUAAGAGUAUAAAAAAUGUUAAAUUUAUAGAAGCAAAUAAAAAUAAAUUGGUUGCAACUGAAAUCGAUCCUGAAUCAAGACAAAAUGAUAUUAAUAUUAAACGAGAAAUUAAACAAGACAAACCAUUUGAAAACAUACAUUUGGAGCAACAAUUAGGAAUACCUUUUGUAAAUAUAGAUCCUAAAAAUCCUUAUAUUCCAAAGAAAAGAAUAGUCCAUUUAGAUUUAAAAGGAGCGCCACCCCUAAUUUCAUAUUUCAGGAGGUUUUUCCCAUUAAUUCAAUCAAUGGGAGCAACUGGAAUAUUAUUAGAAUAUGAGGAUAUGUUUCCUUUUUCUGGACAUUUGAAAAAUAUAUCUGCUAAAAAUGCAUACAGUGUGGAGAAUAUCAAAGAGAUUAUAAAUCUAGCUGAAAAUUCUCAAUUAGAAGUUAUUCCUCUGGUACAAACCUUUGGACAUUUGGAGUUUGCACUUAAGCAUGCAGAAUUUGCUAAUCUUAGAGAAGUUGGUGGUAGUCCACAAGCUCUUUGUCCCAGCAGAAAAAGCUCUUUAGAUUUCAUAACGCAAUUGAUUAACCAAGUAAUGUCAUUACAUCCUUCAGUAAAAUAUCUUCACAUAGGUUGUGAUGAAGUUUUUCAAAUGGGAGAAUGUGAUUUAUGUCGAUUGGAAAUUCAUGAAAAUCUUUUCUUAAAACAUAUUAAAAAUGUAGUAGACAUUGUUCGUCUCAAAUAUCCAACAUUAAAAAUUAUUGUUUGGGAUGAUAUGUUACGUCAUAUAUCUCAGCAAUCAAUGUUGGAUGCUAAACUAGGAGAACUAGUGGAACCGAUGGUGUGGGUUUAUGCUGAGGAUAUUUACAGAUUUGUACAACCUACCAUAUGGGAAAAGUAUUCAUCAGUGUUUGCAACAGCCUGGUCUGCUUCAGCUUUCAAAGGGGCAUUUGGGGAAACUAUGUAUGUUCCUAAUGCCCGUAGACAUUUAGAAAAUACUUUAAGAUGGUUAGAUACUAUGGCUGCACAAUCUACUGCAUUCAAGAAUGGAAUAUCCGGUAUUGCUAUUACAGGUUGGCAGAGAUACGAUCAUUUUGCAGUACUUUGUGAACUACUACCUGCUUCAAUACCAUCAUUAGCUCUGAGUCUGCUUGCUGCAACAACUGGUUACUUCAAUUCGUCAUUGAAAGAUAAAUUUUUGAAAGUAUUGAGUUGUCCUGAAUCAGUUAUUGAUAGUACUCCUUUCAUUACAUUGGAAUCUGAUCCGUUUUUAUGGGAAAAAGUCAGUAGGUGUACAUUUCCAGGUAGUCCAGUGUUUAGAUUAACCAAUCGGUUUCACAAUCUUGAACUGGAAGCCAACGAAUUCUUAGACGUCACAUUGAAACAAAAAGGUUGGAUGACAUUGUAUAAUGUUCAACAUAAUUAUAGUUUAGCACUUAGAGUUGAAGAACUUACUUUAGAUCUACCUAGACUUUAUCACGGGAUGAUUUCCUUAGCUAGAACUGCUGUUGACGCUAUGAACGGCAUCUUCGACAAUUACACAAAAUCUGAGUGGAUAGAACAGAAAAUUUUUCCUUAUAUCUUGCAAUUUGAACAAAUACAAAAUGACAGUUAUGUUUUAAAGAGCGUAAAUCAUUGGCCAGCUAGACCGCUGCCAAUUUCUAAGGAAAUGCAAAAAUUAGCUUUCAAUAUUGGGUUACACUAGCAGUCAUCAGUAUAUAUUUUUCUCUUGAAAUAAUACUACCUAAAAACCUGUUUUUUUAAAUGUGUAAAGGCCUGGUUACACGAACCAGUAUCCGAUAUGACUUAGUCAGUUACUACAUAUUUUUUAAUACAUCAUUCGCCUUUCUCUUGCAAACCGGUAUCAAUAGAUCCUUAUAGAAGAUGUCUACUUUUAUACCAGUAGCUUGCACUUGUAUGACCAGGUCGUAAACCUACUGUCACACGAUUAUGUAGAUAAAAUCUAUCACUUGAACCAUUCGAAUCAAAUUUUAUAUUUAAAAAUAAAGAUUGAAUAGAAAUUUGAAAGUGAAAGAACGUAUUGUAAAUUCUGUGAUCUAAAAAAAUCUUUUGCUUGAAUGUUUCUAAAAAGUAUGUGUUUUUAGUUUUAAGUAACAAUGGUAUUUAUUUCAUAAGAAUCCAUGAUAUAUCUAGGGUCGGUAUUAUAAAAGUUUUGUUCGACCGAACGUUCUUCAACCGCAUGUAAAAAUUCCAUCGAUGAUUAACAUCGUUCGGUAUUAUAACGCAUUUGCAACCAUCCGUUGGUCAACCGGAAAUUUGUGCUGAAAAAUUUACGUUGGCUGCAUUGAGAGUUCAAUUUUAACCAAUCAAAUCCGAGUGAACUGACAUUUUCUGAGGAGAGUGUGUCAGUCAAAGGUUGAAGUAUAGUUUUGAUUGAAGUUUCCACGUGAAGUUGAGAAGGAGAAGAUGAUAACGACAUCGUUCAAAUGGUUCAAUUAAUUAAGUUCAUCAAAUGCAAGUCAAAAUAAAUGGAAAUUGAGAUUAGAAAGUACAUUCCAACUCUCGGUUGACACUUCAAACUGAACUUUCGUUACGGUUGAACCGACCGACAGACAACCAUCCGUUCAACCCUUGGUUAACGACUAUAAUACGCAAAUUUGGCUUCAAUUAUAAGUUGAAUCUCAACCUUCGGUCAACCGGACGUUAAUCAACCGUCGGUCGAAACUCCACCGAUGAUUAACAUCAAUCGGUAUGAUAACGCAUGUUGGUAGCACAGAGAGUUCAGUUUUAACCUAUUAAAUCCGUAAAUUCGGAUUCAAUUAACAAUUGAAUCUAACCUUCGGUCAACCGGACUUUAUAAUCCCGACCUUUAAGGUUGAUCCACACAUAUCCGUGCCGUAACAUACCGUACAGUGACCUUCAGUGGAAAGAAAAUAUCGGCUUACAAAAUUCUUAGUAAACUAAAGGGGGAAAUACGGUAUGUGUUCAAACAUGAACGGCGAAGUGACAACUUGGCGUCCUUCAUAUUGUAAAGAACUGGUCGUUCCCGAACCAACUCAAUGAGAAGCUUGUCGGUCAUAUUAGAAAAAUGAGGUACACACAGAAAAUAUUGGAAAAUGAAUUGAGCAAACUCUUUUUCACGGUACGUCACGGCACGGCACGGAUAUGUGUGGAUCGACCUAUAGACGUGUGUUCAUUCAAAAUGGUACUCGAGUUAGUGUUGCUAGGUUUGAAAAAAAUGUAUUUAUAAAAGUGAGAAAUUCGUAUUUUAAAAUCAGUUUUUAUGAAAUAAAUAUUCAUUUCAAGUACUAAUUACAGUACUCGUUUAGAUAUAUCUACACUAUAUGCACAAAAAAGAGAUUUAGUUUUAUUCUAUAUAAGAUAACCUCUAAAAAUCGGUCUAAUCUUUAGUGUAGGUAGGCGAUGUUGUUUUUUAGUGUGUCAAUACAUCACUUUAUAUGAUCCCUAAUUGGUAAAAAAAAUCAUUUUGUACUGAUAUUUAUUGAUGAAAAGUUAGGGAUUUUAUACUUGUUAAUGAUUCUAUUUAUAAUAUUUUAUAGAGAAUAUUCGGAUUUUCUUCAUCUAGUCAAACAUUAAAAAAAGUCAUGAAUAAUUUUUCUAAAGCUAUAUUUCAAUACAACAAACCAAUCCAAAGCAUUACAACCAUUAUACUUUCACACCUAUAAAUAGUAUAUAAAUAAUUUCAUAUACAGUAUGGUGCAAUUGAAAGGAAUAAAUCACAAGAAUAACCUGUGCAGAGAUAGUCCAAUAGGAGUACCUCACAUAUCUAUUUGAAACUUUGAGCGAUGACAUGCUCAUAUAUAUGACGACAAAAAUAAAAAGAUAUACGAAAUAACAAAUUUGUUCCUUUCAUCAUCAUAUAUCCUCUAUACAAGGUGUGAUCGAAAAUACAAUCAAUUAUUUUAUCGAAAACAAAUUACAUAUAUUACAUAACUUUUGAAAUAAUUGCCCUUAAAUCAUUGCUUUAACUUGAUAAAAGAUUUUUGUAUCCAAUUAUUGGAUGUAAAUAAAUUAAAUCAUAAAAAUUGUAAAAUAACUUUCCCAGAGGAACUGUCUUUGCAAAUAAUCCGUAUUUUCAAACUUCAAUACAUUUAUUGAUUUAUUAGAAACCACAUAAUUUCACGAAAUAAUAAAAUUUGUUCAAUUAUCGAGAAACGACAUUUCCCAAUAUGAUUAUCUCGUAAUUGGUAACUAAUAUAACUCCAAAUAGGGUUUCCCUGUAUACAUUAUUGUUUUAUAAGAAACAUAGCAUCACAUCUGUUCAUUAUCCAUUAAAUAAAAUGAGUUUUUGAAUUACCAAAUUCUUUUUCAUCCUAUAUUCCUCCUUUAAUGAACUUUUCGUAUGAUAUCUGCUCUAGUUCCAUUAUUUUCAUCCAUUUAUGGUUGGUCUAUUCUAUGUACACAUAUAUACAAAGUUAGUGGGAUUCCAUCUCGCCUAGUGAUCCACCAUUUUCCGUUCAGCAGCUCGUUGUAUCACUCUAAUCUUAUUGCAAUUAUUGAUUCGACGAAAACGGCUUGCUUUUAUUUGAAGGAUUUUUCUCGUUAAUCGAAUUUUGUUAUAGUAAAAAAUUGACGUAAAUCCAUGUUAACGAAGUAUCAUUGAGAUCUACUUUAAACUUUGAAAGCACACCUGGAUUAUUGCCAGAGAUCUUCGUCUUUUACUUCAAGCGCUCCCAGGUGUAGUGCUCUGGAGCUCCUUAGUGUUUCACACUUCGAGAGAAUGUGGAUAGAGAUCUCGUCCUCGUGCAACACAACCAGCACGCUGUAUUAUCUGCUAAGUCUAGCUGUCUCCUGUUAGAAUUCGUAGAUUGUUCUUACUUAGGUUGAUACAUUCAGAAGAUCUCUGGAUAUGGUUUUCUAGUACUUUCUAUGGAGUUUACAGUUCCCCUCUUGAAACGAACUUUGCCUCAACCAAAGAAAAUAAUAAUAACUAUGUUCUUGAAGGACUCAUUUCCACUUUUAAAAUUUUCAUACGACUUGAAUUUAGUAUAUUUUACAGAUUUUAAUAUUUCGUGAGCUUCUUUUCACUUUUUCAACUCUGCGUUUUUAAGAAUAAAGUUUCAAAACAAAUACUAUAAACGCGAUGUCAUUAAUUUGGUAUUUGGUAGCAGACUGACGAGCUAGAAUGAUUUCAAACUUAUCUCACCAUAAGAGGGUACAAUAUGUACUAGAAAUUAAAAAAGAUAACAUUAUAAAUAAUCGUUGUUAUUAAUUGUGUUCUGUAUUUUGUAAUCACACCUCGUAUAUAUUUUUGCAAAACCUUAAAUUUCAAACUUCCACUUGAUAUAGAACUUGAAAAAUAAUGGGAUCCCUUUAUCAAACAAUUAUUUCAAUAAAUGUUAGUAGGUUCUGUUAAAAAAUACUUUAGCUGUUUGUCUAUGACUGUUGCAUAUCAUUUACCCAAUCUGUAUGAUACUUUUUCAACAGUAAUCUAUUAAGUGAAUUAUUAAUAUUUUUUGUUUAUCUUUUAUUUUAUUAAUACAAAUAUCAAAUCAUAAUAUUUUUGAUAUUAAUAAUGACACUUAACUUAUUUUCCUUUCCUUUUCCAACAAUAAUUACUUAAUAGGACCAAGGACAAUCGGUAUUAAAGACUAUUUUUAAAGUGCCAAAAUUUUUUGAUAUUUUUUUUGAGAUAUUUGAAUUUUUCUUGUCUUUGUGGAUAUUAAUUAUAAUAACAAAUUGACAAUAAUUCAACUUGAUUACUGUAUCAUUAUUUUUCUUUUGUAUCAUUGCAAAAAAUUACAAACAUUAAAUAGUCAUAGACAAUUUGCUGUAUAUCUUUUGCUUAGUUCUAGUUGAUUAAUUUUUAAUUCAUAUUUCAUGAUUUUUAUUGUUUUAUCUAAUCAGUAGUGAUAAAAAAUACUCAUUUUUUUAAAAUUUAUGUAUAAGGUAUAACUAUCAGAAAUUAGGUAACAUGUAUACCUUUUUUGUAGCUAAAAAAAAACAAUUACUUGACUCAAGCCUUCAGAUUAGUUCAUUUUAAAUGGCUAGUCAUCUAUACCCUUUUUUGAAUAUAUUUUAUGAUUGUAAAUGAAGGAUAUAACAAAAAAUAUAGUUUAUAAAUUAAACCACAUAUCAUGACCAAAAAGAACCUGACUUAAUUUAAGGGGCAACAUCCUGUAAAAAUUUGAAAAAGUCAAUAUCUUAUUUUAGCUAAAAUGGUAGGAAAUUAUGUUAAAACUGACGUUCUUAAACAAAAAAAAAAUUCACUUGGACAUUAUAUUAAUAAAAACUUUUUGUUUUAUGACUAAUUUUUUUAUACAAAAAAAAGUUUAUCAAACUUCCGCGGUUUUGUUAAAAUUUCUUAUUUUUUGAACCCCCUACGGACUUCGCUUGCUUUUAGUUCAAAUAUUAAGAAAAAAACUUGAUUUUUAUGUUUCUGAUAAAUAGCUACGACCGAAACUUGAUGGUAGUGGAAAAUUCCUGUUAUGCUUAUAGCUCUGUAUUGACGCCAUUUUGUUUUAGAAUGCUCUGUUAAAUUAAUUUAAUUACUUCAAAACAAAUAUAAUGAAAUCAUCUAAUUAGAUUUUGCAUCUGAUAUAAAGUUUUUUUGAGAAAAAAAAUUCCAAAAAUAAUCUUAAAAAACCGUACUCUACAGUGGUGUUACCCUUUGAAUAUGCAGUAAAAAAAUUUACUACAUUCGAAUUAGGUUUUUUAAAAAUUAUAAUCAAUAAUAUAGGUGCCAGUAUCUAAUUGUAUCUCUGGCAAUAAAAACUUAAUAGAUAAUUCAAAUCCUUGUAUACACUUUUUGUAGCUAAAAAGUACUAAAGAACAAAAAAUUUUGUUAGUUAAUCAGGACUCAAAAUUAAACGAACCCAAAACUUGAGUCCUAGUUAAAUUAAAAAAUUUAAUAAUACAGUAAAGUAUCAUGAAAAUUUCAUUAAACUUUUUUAGCCAUCUUUAGAAACUUGGAAAAAUACUAAUUUUUUUCCAAAUUCAUGUAUAAGCUAUACAGUUCAAUAUAAUUAGUAAAAUUCAAAUUCGAAUUGUCUUUUCUAACUUUUUCACUGCUAGAUCCUCUUAUAGUGGGGCUAGUGAACCUUUGUCUCAUUUUAGUAGGUCUAGACGAUUGUUCCGUGCUUGCGGACCACCCCUAAAGUCGGGCGUAACAUUUUCAACAUUUGACUGCUGCUACCAAUUAAAAUAAAUCCAAAAAUGUAUUCUCAUGUUUUAAUAAUCACAAUCAACAAUAUAGAUGUCAGUAUCUAAUUGUAUCGCUGGCAACAUGAACUGUUAAAUUUAACAAAUAAUCUAAUACCACUUUUUGUAGCCAAAAAGCAUUAAGGAACAAAAAUAUUUUAGUUACUCUGGACUAAAAUGUAAAAAAAUGAAGCCAAAACUUGAGUACUAGUUAAAUUGAAAAAUAUAAUAUUAGUAUCUUUUUCUUUCAUGUUCCUUGUCCGGUCUCUUUGACGUUGGUGAUCACCAUGGCAAAAGUUGUACGAUUCUCUGCGAAGUGAAAAAGUUCACCAGCCCUUCUUAUACCGGUCCAGUCUCGAUUAUUUCUGAGCCAUCACUAUUGCUUUCUUCCAACUUCACGGCGUCUCUUCAUUUUUCUCUUCAGUAUGAACUGUAAAGGACGAUUUAUUAACUUGACUUUUCAUUUGCCGUUAGAUGUUACAACAUUAAAAACAUUGAAUUACAUAAUAACAUUCAUAGUUGCCGUUGGCGGCUUUUAAUAUAAACCGCAGUUCGUAGCAAUAGAAAAAAUCCAAACAUAUCCGUUUGUGUUUAAUACGUGAUUUUGACGUAUGACGUUAGAUUUUCGACCCCUGUUUAUUAGUCUCAUAUUAAAUUUCUUCAUAUUCUUUUUCUUUUCAAGUUUUGUUAUUGCCAUUGUAAACAUAAGGCCUAAUGCUCCCAAUAAAAAACUCUUCGUUAUUUUCCAUAUCAUUCAUAAAUACCAGAUUACAAACAAAAAUACAAAAAUAUCACAACAAUUUUUAAGUUAACGGCAGCACUUCAAGUUUAUGAAUAGGGUGUGGAACUCUCGAACUGCAACAGCAAACGGAAAGUCAAGUUUAUGAAUCGGCCUUAAUAGACAAUAUUUAUCACCCCUCAAAAUAUGACCAAUUUAUAAUGUAUAUCGUCCAGUGCUGCCUUUCAACGUUUGCUGUUCGUAGUACUUUCUCGUUUGUAACAUGUGUUCAUGAAAUAUGAAGUGUUCUUCUGUGAAGCCAUAUUUCAAUUGCCUUCAGUUGGUUCAGCGUACUGACCUUUAGAGUCAGAGUCAGAUAUACAUGGAAUUUAUCAAAAAAUUUGUACGUAACAUAGUUAUUUCGAAAAAUCAAAAGAAAACUCCAUUUGUCCUCAAUAAUAAGACAAAUUGUUGCAGAAAUAGUCCUGGAAAUAACGAUUGAAAAUUUGAAAUACAAAAAGUAAAAAAUAGUUUAAUGCAAUUACAUGUAACCAGUUUGUUUUAUGAUAAUUUACAAGAGCUUUUUAUUGAAAAUUUAUUUCCUUCAAAAUAUGUAUUGGUAAAAUAUUUAAGAUUAAUGAUUAGUAAUGUUUGCACAAAAAAGAUAUUGUAAUGAUAUAUCAGUCGAUAUGAUAGAUAUUCAAUAUAACAAUUUUUAUAGUAAAAGAAACGUUGUUGAAAAAUAAUAUUUGGAUACAAAAUGACGGAUAAUAUUUGUAAUAACAUCAUAAAUUAUCCCAAUAUAUUUGAUAUUGAAAGUUAUUAGGAAAGCUUUCGAAAUCUUUCUGAUAUAUUUUAGUGGACCAACACCCACUCGUCGUCUGUCGCGGUACAUUCGAAAAUUAAAAAAAUUAAUGAAGUUACAACAGUAUUAAAAACGUUUAAGAAAGUUCCUUCAGUAAAUGUAAAAAUUUGGUAAUACCUGUAAUGAUUGUUCUAUAAAUAUAUAAAUAUCAUCCCUAUUCUACAAGAAUUUAAAAUCAAGAGUUGAUUAAGAAAGGAAUGAUUUUUAUGAAGGAAGUCAAACAUUUUAUUAUUUAUUAUAAAAAAUUCCCUUUAAGCAAAUUAAUAUAAAAUAAUAUCUCACAUAGUUGUACUGAUACUAAUCCACAGGUAUUACAAAAAGACCGUUAUAAGGUUAAAGAUAGAACUGAAAUCAGCUGAUAUUAAUAAUUUUGAAAAUUGUUGGAUAAAGAACAAUCUUACAUCAUUACAAAAACAUCGCCAUGAUAGAGGUAAUUUACCGCCCCCCCCAGCAUUUUUCUGUUUUUAGGUUCAUAUGCCCCGUGUGGGCAAUUUUACAUUUUGGCAUGUUGGAAGGACCACGAUUGAAGAGGAUACAAAAUUAAAUUUAUUUUAUUUAGCGUAUACUUUCAUAGAAAAAUCGUCAUAAACUUGAAUUACACCAAACUUAAUUCUUCAAUAAACACAUUUAGAUCAAAAUAUAUAAUAAUGAAAAUAAAGGAUGGUUGAUCCAAGUACGUUAGGCGCCUCUGGUAUCACUUGGAUCAAUCAUUUUUAAGUACUGAACAUUAUCUCAAAAACUGGGCAAAGAUACCCCGAAGGACAAAGUCACCCUAAUUGACGGUAACAGACUUCAGCAGCAAUUUUUAAGCACCCAGUAUAAUUUUUUCAAAAAUUUCAAAUGAUUUAGAAAGCUUUGGGUAUUUUUUGGGGCAAAUUCUAAUAAUUUUUGACUCUUUGUUUAAAAAAAAAUGUGUGAGCGUCUCAGAUAAUUUGAACUCAAGUGUAGUUCAUUUAAUUUUAGUCAAAUCGGAUGAAUUGAGUUAUUUACCUCCCUUUCACCGAUGCAAUACCAACUUUUGUUUUACGAAAGUUCAGUUUAUUUGACAAAUGACUGAAAAAUUUGAGGAUUGAUUUACUUGUUUUAUGAUCAGUUCUUACUGAAUAGAGUUGUGAUUAAUAUUUGUGAAUAUCAUUUUACUUCACUUUUGUAUUGACAAGUGCAUUUUGGUUUAGAAUACAAUCUCAGUUUGUUAUUCCAUUUGACUCACCAUAUCAAAGUGAAAACAGGUGAGCUUAUGAUAUCAGCUUAAUUUGAAAUGGAGCAGAUCAUUUGCAAAAGGGAAGCUAUGAUAAAUUUCGAAUGAAGUUAUAUUGAAAUCCAUCAUAGAUUUGUAUGAAAAGUGGAAUUUGUGAAUAACUGAAAAUAUUUCUACUAAAACAAACUCCCCGAAAAAUAUUAGGUCAUCAUGGUGUACCCUGUAUAUUAAUGGCACCUUACAGGUUUUAGUAUAUUUACCGCUACAUAUUUGUCCCUAUUUUUUAUAAGUACAAAAACAUUUAUAUUUAGGAAUGAUUACAUGCUUGUGAAAAAUAUGAAUUUUAUAUCUCUAUUCUACCUGUUGUGAUACCAGUGUUGUUUUAUUUAUAUAUUUCACCAAAUAGUAUUAAUGUUCAAAAUAUAUGAAAAAAAUUCUCUAACGUUGUUUUUUUGCUGGAUA